GCGCGGCGCAGCCAAUCAGAGCCGCGCGUGGUUUUCAAAUUGGCGGCGCGCGGGUGGCGGCGGGACCCGACCGGGAACCAGGGCCGAGACCGAGCCCAGCUCGGUGGGCCCGAAGCCCAGACCGGGAGCGGGGCCGAGACUGAGAGCUACCGCAGCUGUAGUCUAGACCGGGAGCGGAACCAGGAGCAUUGCCGGGCCAUGCAGCGCGCCACGAUCCCCGCCGCGCAGAAGCGGCCCCGGCGCACCCCACUGCUGCAGCUGCAGUCGGACGCUGACCGGACCGGCCUGACCCCCCUGCUCCGCCGGCUGCGGCUCAAGGACCAUGACUGUACCACCUCAGUGUCCUGUGCCCAGGGCCCCUGCAGCAGUGUCACCACGACGCCUUGCACCCCAGGACCCCCACGAAGUGCUACCCUGGGCCCCCCCAGCAGCACCACCCUAGUGCCUGGCAUCUUGGAGCCCUCCAGCAGCACCACUUUGGAGUCCCCCAGGACCUCCACCCGUGACCUCAGGACUCCUCCCAUCGUUAAGCCUGGUGACUCUGAGGCCCCCAGCAAUGCCACCCUUAUUCCUGGUGCCUUGGAGACCUCUAGCAGCGCCAGCCCAGAGGCCACUGGCAGUCCUGUCCCAGUGUCCAGCACACCAGAGCUCCCUGACAACACCAUGCCAGCCCCUCUGUGCAGUCCAGUCCUGGGGCCCAGCACUCAGGAGUCCCCCAGCAGCACUGUGCCAGCCUCUGUGUGCAGCUCCAUCCCGGUGCCCAGCACUCAGGAGCCCCCCAGCAGCACUGUGCCAGCCUCUGUGUGCAGCUCCAUCCCGGUGCCCAGCACUCAGGAGCCCCCCAGCAGCACUGUGCCAGCCUCUGUGUGCAGCUCCAUCCCAGUGCCCAGCAUCUCAGAACCGCCUAGCAGCACCGUGCCAGCCCCUCUGUGCAGUCCAGUCCUGGGGCCCAGCACCCCAGAGCCCCCCAGCAGCAUCAUUCCAGUCUCCCUGUGCAGCUCCAUCCCAGUGUCCAGCACCCCAAAGCCCUCCAACAACACUGUGCCAGUUUCCCUGUGCAGCUCCAUCCCUGUGCCCAGCACCCCAGAGCCCUCCAGCAGCACCAUUCCAGAUGCCCUGUGCAGCUCUAUCCUAGGAUCCAGCAGCCCAGAGUGCCCUGGCAACACUGUGCCAGUUUCCUCGUGCAGCUCCAUCCCUGUGGCCAGCAUCUUGGAGUCCCCUGGCAGCCCCAUGUGCAGCCUUGUCCUGGGGCCCUGCACUCUGGAAUCCCCUGGCAGCACCACUCCAGGGCUCCCCAACAUUAUUAGCUCAGUGUCUUGCAACCCAAACUCUCCAGGCACCACUGUUCUACCCCCCUGCAGCUCUGGGUCCCCUGGCAAUGCCAGCACAGCCUCCUGCACCCCAGGGCCCCCUGGCACCAGCUCCACUCUGCAGAAGACUCCUUUCCACAGGUGGCGAGCAGCACCUCCAGACUUUUCCUGCAGCUCUGUGGCCUCUGACCCCCCAUCUGCAAAAGGGAGUGCUUAUCAUCUGCAUUGCCAAGGCACCCCUGAGGGAGCCGAGUUCCCUGCCCCUGUCCCCCCAGAACAGAGCCCACCUGGCCUCCCUCCCAUCGACGCAAGUGGGUUGGAGCCUGCUGAGUCAGAAGCCACUGUCACCCCUGUCACCUUGCCUGAAUCGACCCUGGGUGCUGUGUCCUGGACGUUACCACUGGUGUGGCUGGAGAAGACCCUCAACUCCUCGUUCCUGGUGGAAUCCCUGCGGCACAGCCUGCCCCUCCGCAAGCCACAGCAGGAUGCCAGCAGCAGUGUCACGCCUGUGCACACUGUGGUCGCCAGCACCAGCACGACCCCUAUGCCAACUGUGGUCGCUGGCACCAGCACAACCCCUGUGUCCACUGCGGUCACUGGCACCAGCACGACCCCUGUGUCCACUGAGGUCACUGGCACCAGCACGACCCCUGUGUCCACUGAGGUCACUGGCACCAGCACGACCCCUGUGUCCACUGCGGUCACAGGCAUCAGCACAACCCCUGUGUCCACUGAGGUCACUGGCACCAGCACGACCCCUGUGUCCACUGCGGUCACAGGCAUCAGCACAACCCCUGUGUCCACUGAGGUCACUGGCACCAGCACGACCCCUGUGUCCACUGCAGUCACUGGCACCAGCACGACCCCUGUGUCCACUGUGGUCACUGGCACAAGCAUGACCCCAGUGCACACCAUGGUCACUGGCACCAGUGUGACCCCAGUGCCCACUGCGGUUGCUGCCACCAGCACAACCCCUGUGUCCACUGUGGUCACUGGCACCAGCGUGACCCCAGUGCCCACUGCGGUUGCUGGCACCAACACAACACCAGUGCCCACCAGAGCCAUUGGAACCAGCAUAACUCCAGUGCCCACUAUGGCCACGGGCACCAGCAUGACCCCAGUGCUCUCCAUGGCAACCAGCACCUUCAUGACACCUCAGGACAUGCGGGAGAGGAGCAUGAACACAUCCAGUGGAAGCUUCCCCUGUGCCAAGGACAGCGCUGCGGAAACAGACUCCCUGCUCUGGCACUGUCCCCGGGAGCAGCUGAAGACCCUGCCACGGGCAGAGCUAGAGGGGAGGCUGGAGAGCACCCUCAUCAUCAUGGAAGCCCUCUCGCUGCAGAUACGUGACUGGCAGAACAGCCAGCGGCUGUGGCCUGGCGUGGGGCCGGCCAAGCAGAGGGACGCGUUCACACAGACUGACACCACCCACCCUGAAGGGAGCAUCUGGAGCAGCCCCCUGUUCCAGGGCCUUGCGGGUGCUGCUUUUCGGAGCUUGCAGGAUGAGCAGGGAGCUCUCGUGCAGAAGCGGGAGCAGGAAAGGACCCUGGUGUCCCAGUGCCAGGCUGUGCUUGAGACUGCUCCCAGCAAGGUGCAGAGCUGCCUGGAAAAGCGGGAUGCCAUCAGGCAGCGAGUGGAUGAAGCCCUACGAGCCGAGCAGGGAUAUCUCUUCCUGGAGGCUUUCUGUGCCCAUGCCAGCGCCCAGAUCAGUGCCCGUGACCAGAGCCUGGCCUCCCAGCAAGAGCUGAGCACGCUGCUGGCCCAUGCCAUGAGCCUGCAGGCAUCCCUGUCUGCUGAGACACAGUCUUUUCGGGAAUUCUUAGAUGUCACCUUUGAAAAUCUGCAGAAGGAAAGGAAGGCCAUGGAUGAGGAGCGGGAGCAGACGAGUGCCCUGGCGUCCCAGUCCCAUGCCCUGUUGAAGCGUGUGCACGACAAGCUGCAGAGCUGCCUGGAGGAGCUGGCUGCCACAAAGAAACAAGCAGAGGAAGCUCUUCAAGCCAAGGAGGAGGCAUCCUGCCAGCUGGAGCAGACCUUGGUGACCCUGAAGGACACACAGGCUCAGCUGGAGCAGCUGACAAUGGACAACUCACUCCUGGACAAAGAGCUGAUCUCCAUGGGGAUAAAUCUGACUAGCAUGGAGCAGGAGCGGGAUGCGCUGCAGCAGGAGAACGAGAAGCAGUGGGAGGAGAUGGCCCAGCUGGCGCAGGAGAGGAACUCCCUGAAGCAGCAGUGCAAGGAGCUGUGCCAGGAUCUGCAGGAGGCCAAUGAGUGGAGGGAGUUCCUGGAUCAGGAGAACCAAGUGUGCCGCACACAGGUGGUGGAGGUGGAGGCCAGACUGAACUCCACGCUGGCCAAGCUGCAGGAGCGUGUCCUGCAGCACGAGGAGCUGAUGGAGUCCCACCAACACUUACGGGAAGAGCAGGCUGCCCUCAGCAAGGAGCUGGACAGCACCAAGGCUGAGCUCCUCAGCUUGCAGACAAAGAGGGACAAAGUUUCUUGGUGCUCUAUGGACAUUAUGGAGAGCAAGAUGUGGUUGCAGGAGCUUGCUGACUGCCUCAAGGCUGCUCUGGAAGAGCAGGAUGAUGAUGAUGAUGCUCCAUCGAGAAGCAAAGCCUGGACCCCAGGCCCCCGGACCCUGGGCUGGCAGACCCCACGCCGUGCCUGGACCCCAGCCUUCCACACCCCGGUGUGCCGCAUCCCACACCGUGCUGGCAGCUCCUUCGUGGGCAGCGUCCUGAAAGCUGUGGCAGGGAAAGAUGCCAAUGAAACCACCAGAAGUGGGAGUACAAUUGCCAAGGACAAACAUGCGUCUGUGCCAAAGCCAAUAGAUCCCGAGGACGCUCUGCUGGAGAGUGUGAAGGAGCUGAGAGCUGUGGUCUCCAACCUUGCCAUGCUGAGCUCCCGCAUCCAGGAACUGGAGCAGAGCAAGUUCAGGGCACUGCAGAUGGAGAUCUCUGACCUGCAGCGCUGCCUGGAGACAAUGACAGCUGAGAGCCAGGAGAAGGUGGAUGCCCAAGCUGCCACCAUUGCCAAGCUGAACAAGGCACUGAGGACCAAGGUUGAGAAUGAGAAGGAGCUGCAGGACGUGGUGAAACAGCAGGAAGAGAAGAUGAUGCAACUCAUCGACAAGAGUGGGGAAGUCACGAGGCUGAAGACAGAAGUCUCUGAGCUGCAGCGCUUGCUCCAGCGCGCAGAGACAGAGGCCAAGGUGCUGUGGGAGGAGGUGAGGGGCAAGGAGCACCAGGUGGACACUGCCAAACUCCAGGAGCGGGUCAUGCUGCGGCGGGAGGUGGAUAAACUGCGGCUGCUGUUCGUGGAAAAAGACGCUGAGAACAAGCGGCUCACCAACAAGUACCUGGAGCAGGUCCGAGGGCUGGAGAUGGAGCUCCAUCAUACCCAGAAAAUGGUGAGGACUCACGAGGAGAUGCAGGAGAAGAUAAAAGAGGUCCUGUCUGCUGUCCCUGAGGUGGCUCUGGGUUGCCAGGAGCUCCAGAGCCUGAUGCACUGCCUGGGCCUGAAGCCAGCCAGCAAGGAAGUUGCUGAGCUGCUGUAGCCUGUAGCCUGAAACCUUUCCUGUUGUUAAUGUUGUAAUUAUUUAUUCAAUAAAGUUGUGUUGGCUUAUA